UAUCCUAAUGCGUUGUGCCGUUGCUAACAGAGGCCGUUAGGUCAGCGGUGAUAUCCCCACAUUGUAUUUGCCCAGUACGCUGCAGGUGGUAGGACAAGCUGUACGAGGUCGGUAUGGUAUAUACACCUACGUAGUUUACAAGUUCUAGCACAAACAGCUCUGCGUCGAUCACCACCACAACUCAGCUAUCGAAGUCCCGCUCGCUCAACGCUAUCGCCCAACCAUGCAGUAUCGUGGCGUUCAGAUCAUCUCCGCGCCAUACCAUGUUGGUGAAAUCAACAUAGGCGUGGGCAAAGGACCGCAAGCAAUCCUUGAUGGAGGACUGACCGCAGCGCUCCACGGGAUGGGUGUUGCAACCGUCAUAAGCAUGGUAGACUCCGUGCAAGAUUACGAGGGCGAGAUCGGGCGUAGCUUUGAGCUCAUGCGUCGAAUAGCAAAUGGUGUUCGCUCCGCCCGAAGAGAGCACAUGUUUCCAGUGGUCCUUGGGGGCAAUUGCUUCAGUAGCGUAGGCAUCUCCGCUGGUAUUGACGAUAUCCCAAUUGACGAUCUUGGUAUGAUCUGGCAUGAUGCGCACGAUGAUUAUCAUGUGCCGGACACAUUGUCGAGCGGUUACUUCGAUGCCAUGGGCGUGUCAAUGCUCACCGGAGAGAGCUGGCACACGCUCGUGCACUCUAUACCCGGCUUCAGACCAAUCAAGAAGACAAAUAUCAUUCUCUGCGGCACACGCGACGUCACAGAAACCGAGCGUCGAAGACUAAACGAUGCUGGUUUCAAAGUGAUCUGGGGCCACGGCGCGGAUGAGGCGCGCUCCGGUACCUAUGCUGAAGCUCUCGAGCACGCUUUGCGAACCCAAAGUGCACCGAAACAUGUCAUGGUCCACUGGGAUUUAGACGUGCUUGAUGCUGAUAAAUGCGGCAAGGCGAACAAGUUCGCGGCUCCUGGCGGCCUCACAGGUCGUGACCUUCAGGAUAUCGCGGACAUGCUUCCCAAGUACACAAGUCCUACAUCCUUGCUGGUGGCGUCCUUUGACCCUGCAUGCUCCAAGGAUGACGGGACGCACAUAGCACAGACGGCGGUGACGGCUACCUGUCGUCUGAUUUCAAGCCUCGUAUCACAAGGCCAGUUGCUGUGCGCAAGGACCUGAUGCGAAGAGUGCUGUUGGCCGCGACGACGACCACUCAAGAUGCUCAUCUCUGGCCGGAAUAAUCUUCGUAAUUACUCACUGCUUCCACAACCUGGGCGCGCCGUACACGGGUCAUGCGAGUCCGAUGUUCGCUGCAGCAGUUGUAGGUUGGGAGGGAUUCAGUCAUACAGGAGCCAUCAUCGUGGUAGCAUUUGGGACCGGGUGCGUCAUCGACCGGGUCGUUGGACAGAGAUAA